AUGGCCCAGUUGAUCAACGUCAAACUAUCCAGAUUCGACGGAUCCCCCUGGGGUUUUCGUCUUCAGGGAGGGAAGGAUUUCGGCACACCGCUCGUCGUGCAAAAGGUCAAUACCGGAUCACCGGCGGAAGCGGCUGGUCUGAAGGCGGGCGAUGCAGUGAUCAGGGUCAAUAACACGGAGAUGUACAAUCUGAGGCACAAGGACGCGCAGGAUGUUAUCGUGAGGGCCGGGAACAACUUCGAGUUGACCGUACAGAGAGCAAUAUUGCUCCAGUUACGAAAACGUCGUUGGCGGCCAAGAACAAGAUGGGCCGCUCAUAGGAAGCGGGCACAAUUUCAGCCGAAACCAUUCCUUAAUGGAACGGGAGACGGGUCGAUCAAAUCGAUCGUUAACAAACAGUACAACAGCCCGGUGGGUAUCUACAGCGAGGAGACUAUCGCGGAAACGCUUUCCGCGCAGGCGGAAGUUCUGGCCGGCGGUGUGCUCGGAGUGAAUUUCAAGAAGAACGAGAAAAAUUACAACGCCGAGAACAGCGAGGUAUUCAAAAUGGUUCAGGAAGCGGACAAAGAGCCAAAGACACCGGAACCUGCGGAGCCAACUGCGCAGAGCGGCGUGAUUACGCCGUGUUCGCCGGCCCUGGCAGGACUGAGGCCAGUCUCGGCACCGGAAACGAAGCAGCAGUCCCAACCGUCCACGCCGCAAUCGAGCCUUCCACCUGGACAGAACAUUUGUGCCGAAUGCGAGAGGCUCAUCGUAACAGAGUUUUACUCGUCGGUGAGCCAUGCCGUUGGCGGAAGGGCCACUUCGCCGAGAUCACCCACGCCUCUCUUUCAUGCACUCCAUGGUAGUAGGAGUCCAGCCGUCAAUUUCAAUGAAUGUCCGUCGUCGAGACAUCAAGUGCAACGACAGGAGUCCUCCUCUUCUUCCCCCUCGGGAUCAUCGGGUGUUCGUUGUAACAACUGCGACCGAGUGAUCGUAGGUGUCUUCGUAAGAAUCAAGGACAAGAAUCUUCACGUAGAGUGUUUCAAAUGCUCCACUUGCGGCACUUCCUUGAAAAACGUCGGCUACUAUAAUAUCAACAACAAAUUGUAUUGCGACAUACACGCGAAAUUGGUCGCCAGGCAAAAUGCACCUGCUGGCUUGGUUCCAAUCACUAUACCACCGGGCGGUAAUAAGGCUCCUGCGAGCACGAUUUCCGCCGCGCUCGCGCAUGCUCCGUUAUCUCCACCUUUGAGCAAUCACGCAUCGUCGCCCCAACCAUUCUCUGCUUGCAAUCGUUCGAGUCCCGAUUACGGAUCCCCGAAUUCUCAGCUAUCGCCCCUCGAUAAGAACGGAUACAUCAGCAACGGCAACUGCAACUGGGAAUCGAAAACGUUUACGAGCACGAUCACCAUUCAGACGGGUUGCACAGAGCCCACCGCCUUGGCACUACGCCCGUCGAUCCACCCAGUUUCCGAUCAGUCCAGGAUGUUAACAGCUAACGAAGAAAAUACUAAUCACAAGUCGAACGGUCUCGUCAUAAAGCCAGUGUGCUGUAAAAACGACAAAGAGUGUAUAAGGGGACCAUUCAUCACGGCUCUGGGACAAAUUUGGUGCCCCGAUCACUUCGUCUGCGUGAAUACACAAUGUCGUCGACCAUUACAAGAUAUCGGAUUCGUAGAGGAAAAGGGACAACUCUACUGCGAAUAUUGUUUCGAACGUUUCAUCGCGCCAAGCUGCAACAAAUGCAACAACAAAAUCAAAGGAGAUUGUCUAAACGCAAUUGGAAAGCAUUUCCACCCUGAAUGCUUCAAAUGUUCCUAUUGCGGCAAACUCUUUGGUAACAGCCCGUUCUUCCUCGAAGAAGGAUUGCCCUACUGUGAAGCAGAUUGGAACGAAUUAUUCACGACAAAAUGUUUCGCGUGUGGAUUCCCAGUCGAAGCUGGAGAUCGCUGGGUGGAGGCCCUGAACAAUAAUUACCACAGCCAGUGUUUCAACUGCACGAUGUGCAAGAAAAAUCUCGAAGGCCAAAGUUUUUACGCGAAGGGUGGUCGUCCAUUCUGCAAAAAUCAUGCACGUUAAUACAUGAUUCUUGACGAAAUGUUAAGAAGCAAGAAAAGAAAAGAGGGGAAUGAAUAGAGGGGGAGGGGAUGGGAAGGGACUAUUUGAAAGAAGAAUAGGCUGGAAAGUAGGGGAAAAAAAAAAAAAAAAAAAUUACAAAAGGAAAUCGCGUUAUCUUAGCUUUAUGAUGAGCACGAAUUUUUGUCUGCAUAAAUUAUAUUUUAUCGAGAUUUAUUUUUUUUUUUUUGUCUUCUUAUAAUUGUUUUCGGUCGACGACAACUAACACGAUCGUAAAAAAGAAAAAAAAAAAGAAAAAAAAAGAAAAAAAAACGAAUCGGUGUUAAAAAAAAAAAAAACAGCUUUUAACGCCAAAUAAUUAUAGGACGAUUUACGAGGUAUAUAAAUAUUUAUUUACGAGUACGAAUUAAAUGCGAACUAAUUGCAUUAAUCGAUUAAUUAUAAUUCCCUUGAUUACUUCCUCUGCUUAAAAGCAGGAAACCUUCGAGUCGGCAAAGUCGAUCGAAAAUAAAAACGAAAUAGAAAAGAAAAGAGAGAGAGAGAAGAAAAAAAAAAUGUCCUUCAUAUAUAUCAAAGAUCGUAGCUCCAAAUAUAAUCACGUUUCUCGAAUUUUCGUGAUCGUGCUCGCUUACGAUAAUACUAUACUAUAACUAAGCGCCCACGUAACUGUCUAAGCAAUUGUACUACUCGGCACAACUACUCAACUAGGUUCAUAGUUCAAAGUGACAAUUAUCGCGUGGACGAUUAUCCGGUAUAUAGUCGCGACUCAAUAUCAGAGAACGGAAGUUAAUUAAUUAACCGGGUUUAAUUAGGCUGCUUUGCAAUUGAAUUCGAACGAAAGAAAGAGGAGAUAUCCCUUCGAAUGGAAGGGAAGGGUUACACACACACUCGCACUAACUCGCUAGUUUCCGAUUUUCGAGAUUAAAAAUUUCCCUUGGACGAAGGUUAGUGAGAAGAACUUCUCGAGAGGCUAUCGAGUUGGCAAAAGUUCCUCGCGUUUCGCUACCUCGACAUUCCACGACUAAUUGGUGGAUUAAGCAGCCAUAAAAUAUCGAUGAGACGCAAACUCCUUCUGCUUACGGUUCCGCUUUUAAUGUUCGCGACACAAGUGAUCACGUUUCCCUUGGCGGACGACGGGUCUCGAAUACCUCGUAAAAUCGUUGCCGCAGAAAAUUCUGCAACGAUACAAUAAACGCGCCGACUUGGUCUCCUGCUCGAAUCACGCAAAGGUCAUCCAAGCAAUUAGUAUUACUGGCAUUAUCACAUAUUUCGCAUUACCAAAGUGCACCCAACACGAAAAUGUUUCGGCCCGUUUCCUUGGAGAUUCAGGAGAGGAUUGGGUGUUGAUAAAAAAAAAAAAAAGCCUUAAACGACGAAAAAACUUCUCCUGGGGUUUUUUUUUUCAACGAGCGAACGAUCAGAAUUUUAGGAAGAAAAAUUUAAACUUUGUUCAAUCCAUGUUUCAAAAAUUAUCUCUCAAUGACUCGAAUUUCAAAUUCGUGAUUGCGAUCGAAAAACGACGAGUACUUUACAUUGUGCGCGCGUGGAUUGUCAAUUGACGAGUUUGAUAUAACUUGUCAUCCCUCUCGGAUGUGAAAGUAGACUCGUUGUUAGUUAAAAUGUUAUAAUACAUAGAAAUUUUAUUUAUAUCAACAUACGGCAGCAAAAUUGUACAUUACCCCUGAAAUCAGGCGUAAUUUGAAGACGAGCUAAAUAACAGGCUUGACUAUUAUUUCCAGUCAUUUUGUUGGCCAAUCAUUUUGCCAGGAACAUUUUUAAUUUUGGCACGAGCAAAUUGUCUGGAAAUUCUUCUAGCUAAAAUUGUACGCCAGAGAGGAGAACAACACACGUUUUACACACACGAAAUUCCGUUUGAAAUCCGUUUAGCUUUCAGGGUGCAAAGAAGAAAAUAAAAUUUGAUAUAAAUUCGACAUCGAGAAUUCUGACAUACUUGAUAGCAAUUGCCAUGUAAUUAUAGAAAAGGUUACCGAUUUCUGUGCCAUUUAUUACAGACUCGUGUCAUGUAGUAGCUAUGACGGAACGAAUUAGCAAAGCUAGUAAAACUGGAGGACGUAUUUAUAAGCGUAUAUUGUAUAAUUUAGUAAGUAAGAACACGCGGCGUUCGCAAUACUCGCGUAAACAGAUUUCGUACAAGGGAUGCUAAGAAGUCGAUUCGAUUGAAAGAAAGAAAGAAAAGAAGAAUCCUUUCUUCGAUCUGAAAUCAUCCCAACCAAUUGGAUGUGGCCGAUGUGUGUCGCGAUAGAUUGACGCAGUACUAUGAAGGAUGCAAUUUAUCAUUUAGGAUUAAUAAUAUUAAUUAGAUCGACUACUGGUUGAAUAUCGCAACGAGCUUCUGUAUCCAUGUUAUCCGUGUUGCUUACAAUAAACUAAAAUGUUCGU